AUUUCACUGUCAAAUGUCAAAACCUCUCUUUAUGGUCAAAAUUCAAAAUUAAAAAGAAAAAAUUACUUUAUUGUUCACCAAUCUCAAACAAAAAAUUCUUUCGUAAACAAUAAUUCGUUUUAUUCAAGCAGUAGCGUUCUGGUGGCAGAUUUAGACCAUACCGUGGCGCAAAAUCGGGCAAAGGCUGUUUAUUCACACUUUUGGCACAUUUCUGAAUCUCAUCAGAAUCACAAAAUACCAUUCGUUCUGACACGUAAUUUGCUGCAAAUUUUAUGUUUUCGGGUGUUAAAUCAGAGUUUGAGGCACAGUUUUUGGCUUCGUUCAACACUGAUGAGACGUAAUUACAAGUAAAGUCGCACAAAGAACACACUACGUCUUCAUCGUAAGCGGAAAUGUUCAUUUCUUGAAGUAUUUUCCGAAUUGUUUGAAACGUUUCACUCUCGUUCAUGUUUCAAGAAAAACACCAAAAACAUACAAUGGGGUGCCAACUCGGCACUAGUAAAAUCACUAAACUUGAAUAAAUUAUUCAUAAAAAAAUAUGUAAAUUUUGCUUUAUACUACAAAUGUCUUGUGGGUGAUUAAUUUGAGUUGCUGAUUCUUCCCAUUAGCUAAAUUUGAGGUAAUUAUUUGUCACAAUUCACCUGAAGGACAAGCAUUGUUGUUGGUGGCACUGCCUGUCAAAAUUAUGAUUUCGAUAGUUUUGUGUUCACAAUUUUCGUGAAUAAAAACCAUGAAUUUCAUUAAAUUCACGCAACAAGCGUCAUGAAGUUGUCUUGGGGACCGAUCUAACUCCUAGGAAAGUCGUCUCACUAUUUGGUCAAAAUGGGAGGUUAUGUGCAACUAACCCGAAUUAUCGGCACCCUUUUCAAGAUGAUUUUGAAAGUUUGGGCCUAUUCAGGACUCGUAUUGGUGUUUUGCUUCCUUUUGUAUUACAUAUACGGUGGCGUUUUUGCUGUGAUUUUACUAUUUUUCGCAUUAACAGGGGUUUUGUAUCAUGUUCAAGACAAUUUCCUAUUUUAUCCUGAAUUGCCUAGUCACUCCCGCGUUUACGUCCCGAUUCCGUCAACCCUAGGCCUUCCCUACGAGACAGUCCAGACCAGAGGCAGCGAUGGGGUCUUAAUCCACAUGUAUUUCAUUCAUCAACCCAAAGACCGACAACGAUUAUCUCCAACGAUUGUGUUUUUUCACGGAAAUGCCGGAAACAUGGGUCAUCGGUUGCAAAAUUGCAGGGGGCUGUACCACAACCUCCAUUGCAACAUACUUCUUGUUGAAUACAGGGGGUAUGGGUUGUCCGAGGGGCACCCCACCGAAGAAGGGCUCUACCUUGAUGCCAAGGCUAGUCUCGACUACAUUUUCUCAAGGAGUGACAUUAACCACUCUGAAAUCAUAGUCUUUGGACGCUCUCUCGGGGGGGCUGUCGCAGUGGAUUUGGCUAGUAGAGAAGAAUACGCCAGUAAAAUCUGGUGUUUAGUUAUUGAAAACACAUUCACUAGCAUCCCAGACAUGGCCAAAGUCCUGCUGGGCUGGAGGUUGCUUCAGUAUUUCCCCUUGUUUUUCUACAAGAACAAAUUUUUGUCAUAUCAGAAAAUGAAGUUUUUAAGGGUGCCCACUUUAUUCAUAUCAGGGAUGGCCGAUUCUCUGGUUCCCCCAAGAAUGAUGUCAGAAUUGUACAACAAUUGUAGGAGUGUAAGAAAACAAUUGUUGCAAAUUCCAGAUGGAACGCACAAUGAGACGUGGACAUCUCACGGUUAUUACCACUCUUUGGCGGUUUUUUUGCAAAACUGUCGAAUACAAACGGAGGAAAAGAGCGAUUUUAGCAAUAAAAUUGAUAUUACUGGCUGGAACAAUGUACAAAAUAUUUGAGUUUUUUGUAUUAUAACUUAAACGUCCAAAGAUGUACAUAUUUUAUAGCGUUUAUUGGAAAUGAUGCCUAACCGAUGUGUACGCUGUUUUACUUUUGCAAAUAAAAUUCCUGGCUUUAGUCCAGGAAAAUUUUU